CAAAUUACCGGGAAAGCCGAGAGGCAGCGAAGCAGGGAAAUCGGGUGAAAGGGGCACGAUGAGGUGCAUACUACAUGAGAGAAGGCAUCCAAACAUCCCUCUUUCGCGGUCCGUGUUGGUUUCAGGGCAAUCGGCCCACAAGCUCGCACGAGGUGGAGCUGGUUUCUCUUUCUCUUUCCCCACGUUGUUCUCGCGCUCCGUAGAGUUAGACUAAGUUAUUCUCACCAUGAAUAACGCAGCCCACGACUUGGCCCACCGCCAGGCCACCUCCUCCGCACGGUUCGGCGACUCGCCUUACGACACACUCUGAUGCAGCACACACUCUGCCGGCCCUCAUGUGUGUGCGUGGUGUGGGCAGGUCGCUCUUGAGUUCACGGGCAACGUGCUGCCGCGCCACGGCUUUGUGUGCCACCGGGCACUGGAGACCGUGGAGGGCGCGACGACCGUGGAGGUGGUGGACCAGGAUGAUUGGGAGCCCGACCCAGAUGACGCCGAACAGCCCGACCCGCUGGUGUUCGAGCACUUGCCCCCCAACGCAUUCUCCGCCGCUACACUCCUGUGGAUUCACACCAUCAAUGGGCUCGCGAUUGCCCGAAGGCUGGUGACCAAGAUGCCCGCCGUCAAACGCAUUGACCUCUCCCAGCCCUACCCGACAGAGGAGGACGCGGUGGGGGUGCUGCAGGCGGUGGGCGGCGAGAGGGAACUGGAGCGUUUCGAGGCCAAGUGGGUGAAGGGUGUGGGCGAGGGGGGGCUGACGUGGGGCGACAUAGCGGACCAGCUGCCGACCAUCUCAAAAGUGGAUGUUACUGUAGAAGGUGAGCUGCGAACAAUUACCUCCUCAGCUUACCGGCUUAUUCAUUCGGUGCUGUGCUGUCUGUGUGUCUGUCUGUCUGUCUGUCUGUGUGUGCAGUGCCUGACGAUUUGGGUGAUGGCGAUGCCGCCGGUGAGUUCGGCAUCGCCUGCGUCACCGAGGGAUCAAGGAGCUCUCCUUCCGGCCGUGGCCCGGCGACGCCUUCAAGCGGCUGGUGGAUGAGCGGACGCAUGGCGACGCCAUCGAGGGGCUGGACGGGCGAUAUGACAUUAGCUGGGGGGGAUAUUUGGGACAACAUGCGAAACGGCCUCCCUCCUUGAUGUGUGUAUCUGUGUCAUAUAUGGGCUUCUCGUGUGUCUGGCAGGGCGAUCGCCUUGUUCCACGAGAGGGUCUACGUGAUGAGCCAGGAGCUGAUGCGCGCCGCCAAGAUGUACAACCACGUAACACCCAGAGACAUACUGGUCUUCAUCAAACACUUCCUUGGUACGUUUCUCGCGCCACUCAAACGACACACAUACACCAUGGCUAGGUGGCUGUGCGAUUUGCUGUGUGUGGUAUGUGGUGUGUGGCAACAAAUCAGGUUUGGUGAGGGAGAAGCGGGAGCUGACCAAGUUCAAGGACACGGAAGAGCAAGUGGACGAGAUGCUGGUCUGGCUGGCCGAGAAGGACAAGGACCUCGCGGUCCUUGCCGCCAAGAAACGACGCACGGGUGUGUUUUUGUUUCCUUUUCCGUUAGCUUAG